AUGGGGAACGAAAUUUCCGGACGUCAAUAUGACGUCAGCAAGAAUUACAAUAUUCCAUUGCAUGAAUUACAAAAAUGGUACCAUGAACAUUACAUCAAUUUUUUGAAAAAAGAAAUUGCGGAUAAAACGUGGAAAAAUAAAUACCAAAGUGCCAUGAUAGAUGAUAAAGGGAAACCCAUAAGUGAUCCAAGUAAAAAGUUUUGUAAAUGGAAAGAUAUACAAAGAGAAAUAUUUGAAGCUACGUUAGAUAAUCAUAGAUUUUUAUUAUAUACAUGGGACGAACGAGCAAAAAAAUUUAUAGACCAAGCAGAAGUGGACAAUAAUUUUUCUGGCGCAAAGUGCAACAGUGAUGAUAAAAAAAAUGAAGAUGAUGAAAAUAAUGGUACCACUACUACUACUAAUGGUAGUGGUCAAACUAUAAAUUUGAAAGGAUGUUUAACAAAUAGAAGAAAAAAUAUAAAUAAAAGAUUAUAUAAUAUACGUAAUCUUAUUGAAAAUAUAAAUAAAGGAGACGGGAACGAAAGCUCAAAAGCUCAAAUUGCCGCAAUGAAUAUUAUAGGAUCAUUAGCAUUACAAACAGAAAAUGAAAUUGAUGAAUUUUUGAAUAAAAGUUUUCAUAGUGCUGGACAGAUAUGUAAACUCUUAGGUCGAACAUAUGCUGAUUAUAAAGAUAUAUCAAAAGGUACAGAUAUUGUAGAAGAGCAUGUAUCAAAGGAAGUAAAAGUUCUUUUACAGAAAAUAACUACACAAGUAGGAGGAGAAUCUCAAAUGGAAAUUUUAUGGAAAACACAUUUUAAAGAUAAAAUAGAAAAGAAAUUAAAAGAUGUGAACAAUUCUAAAAAGGGUUCAAAAAAUGAAACAUCAUGUACUUUAGACCAUUCUGAUGAAACAAAACCUCAAUGUUUGAGAUACAUGGAAGAAUAUUUGGAAGAAUUUUUGGAAGAAAAAAAACGGAUUUUAUGGCUUUUAGAAAAUACUUGUAAAAGUAAACGAAAUCUAAAUAAUGUUAAUUGUAAUGCUUAUUGUAAGAUAUAUAAACAAUUUUUAAGUGGACGUAAAGGAUGUUAUGAUAAAUAUAAAAACCAAUGUGAAACAAAUUUAAAAAGUGACAGUACAUACGGUGAUAAAGCGGUUUAUGACCAAGAUGUAAAAGAGAUCGAAAAAAAAAUUAAAGAUAAAAGCGGAUGUGGCGAUACAUGUGGAAAUAAUUUUGAUGUCGAUUUAAAUCCAUUAUUUGAUGGAAAUGAUCCUGUUACUAAUAAAUCAUAUUAUUGCCAUUGUGGAAAUGGUAAAAAUAAACCUCACGAGAUUCCAUGUAGUGACCGACAACCAAAAUCCACUAUGUCACUUGCAGGUAAAUGGCAAGACGGUAUAUAUAGAACACAAACUAAACCGGGUCAAGUUUGCGACUUACAAUUUGGACAUCAUAAUUCUACUGGAGUAGGCGAGAACCCAUGUGGUGGUAUACCAAGUGGAACAUCGUGGAACUGUAACGAGACAUUACAUGAAGGUAUAUGUAUUCCUCCGAGACGUCACGAAAUAUGUAUAUCGAAUAUCAGAAAAUUGGGACCUACGGAUGUAUCGACGUUUAAUAGCCAUAAAUUAUUGCUGGAAAUGAUGUUGGCAGCAAAACAGCAAGCGUGGAGAAUACGUAAUCACAAUCACGGCCGCAAACGUGGUAUUCCGCAUAAUGUGUGCGAUGCCAUCAAGUUAAGCUUUUUAGAUUUUGGAGAUAUAAUUAAAGGAACAGAUAAAGCGAAGGAUGCAUAUUCGGUGACGACGGAGGAUAAUUUGAGACAACUAUUUGAAAAAAUAAGAGAUGAGUGGAAAAACGGUAAUGAUGGUGACACAAAAUAUGAUGACAACGGUUCGUAUGGAUUGGGCCAACUACGUUCAGAUUGGUGGGAAAAGAAUAAAAACGAUAUAUGGAAAGCAUUCAAUUGUGGCAACCCAUGUGGUAGUAUACCACAGGAUAAUCGUUCUCAGUUUUUGCGAUGGAUAGACGAAUGGGCCAGAGAAUUUUGUGCUGAACGUAGAAAUAAGGAACAGGCAGUAAAUGUGGCCUGUCAGCCGUGUGGAAACGACGAAUGCGAACCAUCUUGGUCUCUGUGGUCAAUAUUCUAUCCUCCUCCGCCUAUAUGUGAUUGUAAGAACCAAUGCAAAAUAUAUUCUAAUUGGAUCCAUGGAAAAAAAAAAGAAUUCGAAAAUCAAAAAAAAUACUAUGACGAAAAAUUAACGUUAAUGGAUUUUGGGAACAAUAGUGGUGUCACAACUACACGUGGUAGUAGUCCUAAUGAUACAUCCAUUACUAGUGUUUCGGAUUAUUUGAAACAAAAAACGGGAAAUAAUUGCACACAUAUCGAUUUCUCAAACCCUGAAGUGGCAUUUUCUUCCUACCCUGAUGACAAAUCGUCACACUAUAGACAUAAAUGUAGUAAAUGUUAUCCUCAACUUGAGGCGGACCUGGCAGAUAAAGGUGGACCUAAAAAGCAUGUGUGCGCUGUCAAGGAUAUAUUGACACAAGAUAAAAAUAGUAACAUAAUACAUGAAUGUAAUCCACAUGAACCAAUACUGAAAACAAAGAAGGAUGAUACUUCCGAUUGGUCAACUAAAAACAUAAGUACGAGGUAUACUCAGUUGUAUGGUGAUACCAUUAGUAGUAUUGAUGUUCCACCUAGAUAUGAAGAUAUAUGCAAAGACACUAUAAAACAUGAUGGCACCGAUACGCGAACCAAGUACACAGAUGUCCACGAUUUUUAUUAUAAUAAUCGUAUGUUAUUGUCGGAACUUAUAUUGGUAGCACAACAUGAAGGAAAAAGUUUACGUGAGUAUUAUAUCCAUAAAAAUGAUAAUAGUGUUUUGUGUACGGUCAUGCGACGAUCAUUUGCCGAUAUUGCAGAUAUAGUUAGGGGUACGAAUCUCGUGGACACAGAUGAUACUAACAAAGUCGAACAACAUUUGAAAGAUAUGUUCAAAACACUCAGAGAUGAAUACAAAGAACUAACAUCCAAUGAUAUGUAUGAAGAUGAUAAGGGAUUAAUGAAAUUUCGUAAAGAUUGGUGGGAAACGAACCGCCACAUGAUAUGGGAGGCAUUCUCCUGUGGAGACCGAAACACCCAAAAGUGUGGUAGCCAUAUGAAUAUGGAUAAAGUCCCUCAACUGUUACGGUGGAUAACUGAAUGGAGCGAAAAAUUCUGUAAAGCGCAAAAGAAACAAUUUGAAGAGUUGAAAAAUGAGUGUGAUGUGUGUAAUAGUAAAGGUAAAAAUGGUAAGUGUGCAAAAAACACAUCACUGUGUACACAAUGUACUUCAGCAUGUAAUAAAUAUAAAGCGUUCGUCGAAAAAUGGAAGGAACAAUGGAAAACAUACGAAAAGAUGUACAGUGAAUUGUACACUAAUUCCAUGACUAAAUCGGAUGCUACAACUGAUGAUAAUGCUUUAUAUGUGCGAAAACUUAUACGUCAAAAUAAUUGGUUGUCACUCACAGCGGCAGCAUAUAUACAUAGUAUGUAUGGAAGUGGUGACGAUGGUGGUAAGAGUAGUGGUAAAGAUGUCAGGGCACAAAGUGGUAAAGGUAAUGCUGGUUCUAGUGGAACCCUUGAGUGUUUGGAACAAAAAGAGUUUGGAAAUAUUAAUGGUAGUAAAUAUGUUUUUAGUGAGGUACCAGAAGGGUUUGGUGCUGCAUGUAAGUGUGAAAAAGAAGAUAAAUCACAAAGGGAUGCUCCUGGUAGCGGUACUCCGGCUGUUGUGAAACCGAAAAAAACAGAUAUAUGUGAAUCUACACUGAAUGGUAUAAAUUAUGUGAAAUGGGAUUGCAAUAAAACGGAUAAUGAAGGUUAUAAAGUAUGUAUGAAAAAAACGAAUAAUGACAUUAAUGAAGAAUUUUAUGAUUUAUUUAAUGAGUGGGUAGAAUCUUUUUUGAAGGAAAUUGAUCAAUUCAAUACAAAAGUAAAAGUAUGUACAGAAAAUAAAAAUAGCUCUUCAAAUACGUGUCCUGAUGAUAAAUGUAAAGACAAAUGUUAUUGUUAUAACAAAUGGAUAAAUAGAAGAAAAAGUGAAUGGAAGAAACAACAAGAAUAUUAUAAAUUAUUUAAUAGUAGUAGUGGGCAAUCUUCUGUUACUUUAGAUAUGUAUAUGAGUACAGCAUUUGAUGAUGAACUUGAACUAAACGGAGAAUCUUCUGGAGGUGAAGAAAAAUUCAAUGAAAAAAUAAAUGAUGCCUUAAAAAAAGCCAGCGAAUGUGUAGAAAAAUGUCCCAAAAAUCUAACAUGUAGUGAAAAAGGGUUUGAUCCACAGUGGAAAUGUGGUAACGACACACAAGGUAGCACAAAUACAGAGAUAUGUGUCAAAAAAGGAGACGAAGAGAAAUAUGAAAAAAAAAACUUAAAUCAAGUUAAUGAAGUCAACAAAUUUUAUGAUACGUUCAAUUAUUGGCUAGACGAUAUGGAGCGCACAAUAGAUGAAUAUCUACAAAUAUUGGAACAGUCGUGCCAUAAUGCAAAUAAAAAACAAACGACACGGAAACAAGGGAGUGCAAGCAUACAAACUACUAAAGAAUGUAUUUUGUGUAGUGAAGAUUGCAAAUGUUAUGAAGAAUGGAAAACAAAAAUUAAUGAACAGUGGCAAAAACAAAAACAAUACUACAACACGUACCAAAAAAAAGAAGAAAAUGUUACUAUGAAAGAUAUUGAUAUUGAUACAUAUUUGGAAGCCAAAUGUGAACUUGACACGUCAAGCAGUGCAAGUACAUCAUAUAGUGGUGAUCGUAACAAAAAAUAUUGUCAAACAAAAACAAGUGGUAGCGCUAGUAGUGGCACUAUGUUUGACGAGUUUUUAGAUACUAUGAAUAAAAAGAAGGAGAACGUUUGCGAAAAAUGUAAAGAUACCUCACAAGAAGACACUAAGCCUCCAACAGACUGUGGUAAAAUUGAGGAUGUAUCUAACUGUAACAAGAAAGAAUUUGACAAAAUAGAAAAGGGGGAAUUAAAAACCAAAUGGAAAUGCGAACAAAAAAGUGGAGAAAAAUUAGAAGAUUAUGUUUGUGUCCCUCCACGAGGACAAAAACUAUGUAUCGCAAACAUGGUAAAUUCAAAUGGAAGAAUACAAGAGCCUUUGUCUACCGAAGAACAUUUAAAAACAAAAUUAAAAUCUGCAAUAAAAAAAGAAACCGAACGAUUACACGAAUACUACAACGACAAAUAUAAACCUACUAGUGGAGAAAUACCUUCGGUAUUUUGCGAUGCUGCGUAUCGUAGUUUUAAUGAUUUUAAAAACCUUGUGUUAGGACAAAGUUUGUGGAAACCUAAAAGUAUCAAAACGUUAGAAGAUAAAAUAAAAGAAAUUAUAGAAAAUGGUAGUAGUGGUGCCACAAAACGGCACGAAUGGUGGAAAAGUCUUGAAAAUGAGUUUUGGAAUGCUGUCAAAUGUGGAAUAAAAGAGGCUAAACCAAACGGAAGUAGUGUCAAUUUCAUAGGUAAUGAAUGUCCCCGAUUUAUCCAUGAUGAGGACUACGAUUCGCAAUUUUACUGGUGGUUCAGGGAAUGGGGUGACGAUUUUUGCUCCAAAAAAAAAAAAUUAAAAUCACAAUUGGAUAGUGCGUGUAAGGACGAAAGCAAACGUAAGUGUGAUAGUAAAGGUCAAAAUAUAGCAGAUGCAGAUUGUAAAAAUUCAUGUGAAGAUUAUAAAAAAUUAAUUACAGACAAUAGACAAGCGUGGAAGAAAUUUUCGGAGAAAUUUAAUAAAGAGGAGGAAACAAAAGACGAAAAGAACAAAGCCUCGUAUUACAAAUCUUCAUUUUAUUUAUUAUUCAAUUGUGAUGAUUGUAAUGGAACGAAUUUUGAAAAAGUAUUUAAAGAUAGUAAUAUAUAUGGCGAUUACCAAACCACAUGUACGUGCAUAUCAUCACCGUCAUCACAAAAAUCGAGUGGUGAUAUAAAACCAUGUGAUACUAAUAUUUCCACAUCGAAUUGUCGUUCCAAAAGUAAAAACAACCAAUGGAAUACUACAUUCAUCAAAAAUCCUGAUAAAUAUAAAGUGUAUGGCCCUCCACGACGUCAAAAACUCUGUUUAGGAAAUUUAUAUGGAUUAACAGGAGGAGAAAAUCCAAAAUUAGAAUUAGAAAAAGAACUGUACGGCGCAGCAAAAAUGGAAGCAACAUUUUUGCGGGAACAACAUAGUGGUGACAGUACCAUGGCAUGUAAAUCCAUGAAACGUAGUUUUUAUGAUUUUGGAGAUAUAAUUAAAGGCACGGAUAUGAUGAAAGGACGUUUUGGUAUCAUGGUCGAAAAAGAAUUGAACGAAAUAUUUGAAAAUAGUGGUACAAGUGCUAGUGGUGCUGGAGAAUCACGCGAAGAAUGGUGGGAUAAACAUAAAGAUAAAGUAUGGGAAGCGAUGACAAACUGUGGAAAAGACAACACGUGUGGAAGUACCACUUCCACUCCUAGUGACCAGAAACCUCAAUUUUUGAGAUGGUUAGAAGAAUGGGCAGAACAAAUAUGCACAGAAAGACAAAAACUAUUGGAAAAACUAGAACUCGAGUGUAAAAAUGGGCAAACGAAUAUUAACAAUACCGGUUGUGCCAAAGCUACUGAAAAUUGCAAAAAACAGUGUAAAGUGUACAAUGAUUGGAUAAAUACUCAUAAAAACGAAUGGAAAGGACAAAAGACAAAAUACCAACAAAUAUACGAUAUAGUUGGUGAUGUUGAUGAGGACGAUGUUGACGAUGAAUAUAAAGAUUAUAAAAAAUAUAUGGAUGGGAAAACAACUGCUAUGGACUAUAUACACUCAAAAUGCCACGAUAAUAAUCUUGAUGAUGUUUUCAAAAAAAUCGAUCAAGAAUAUAAAGAAUACGAACCUUUCUGUACAGAAUGUCGAAUAAAAGAUAUUGCGGACACGGUGAAAAACAAAAAAAAUAGUGCUAUCAUUAAUCCGUGUGGUGGCUUCCAACCGGGUGGCAAAACAACCACGAGUGUGACAGACAUCGCAAAAGCGUUCCAAAAAACGGCACAAACACAAAUGGAAACAAAUAGUGUUGAUAGUGGCAGUAGUGGUAGUGAGAGUAAGUUGAAAGGCGAUGCAUCACAAGGAAAGUACAGUAAAAAGGGUAAGGAAGAUGAAUUAAAGGACGAUAUAUGUAAUAUAAAGAAGGAACAUUCCAAUGAUAGUCGUACACAUGGUUAUGAUGGACCAUGUACAGGUAAAAAUAAAGGCCGAUUUGCCAUAGGAACGGAAUGGAAAAGUGGAAAAUCAAUAGGUACAGCAGAUGGUAUUUAUUUACCUCCUAGAAGACAACAUUUUUGUACAUCGAAUUUAGAAAAUUUACUGAGUGAAGGAAAAGGUAUCAAGGAUGGACAUUCAUUAUUGGGAGAUGUACUUCUCGCGGCAAAAUUCGAAGGAGAUUUCAUAUGGAACAAUUUUAAUAAAGAAAAUAAAACAGAUCCAGGUAUAUGUAGAGCUAUGAAAUAUAGUUUUUCCGAUAUUGGAGAUAUAAUUAAAGGAACAGAUUUAUGGGAAGAAAACGGCGGCGAGAUAACAACACAAAAAAAUUUGAAAAACGUUUUUGAUAAUAUCCAUAACUCACUUUCUAGCGACAUCAAAGAAAAAUAUAAGAACACUGAUGGUAAACAUUUAGAUUUACGCGAAGACUGGUGGGAAGCAAAUCGUGAAAAAGUCUGGGAAGCAAUGAAAUGUCCAAAAAACGGCAGUAUUUCGUGUAAUGGUGAUCCAAUACCAGUGGAUGACUAUAUCCCGCAACGGUUGAGAUGGAUGACCGAGUGGGCCGAAUGGUUCUGCAAAGCACAAAAAGAUGAGUACGAAAAGUUGGUGAAGGCAUGUGAGAGCUGUAAGGGUAACGUUAGUAGUGGUGCAAAAUGUAAAGAAUGUAACAAAUGCAAACAAGCAUGUACAACAUAUAAUCAAUUUAUUAAUAAAUGGAAAACUCAAUGGGAAGACCAAUCAAAAAAAUACGAAAAAUUAUACAAAGAAGCAACAGAAAAUGGUACUGCUGCUAAUGGUAUUGCUGCUAAUGGUACUGAUGCUAAUGGUACUGCUGCUAAUGGUACUGCUGCUAAUGGUACUGCUGCUAAUGGUACUACAGAUGAGAAGGAUAAAAAGGUAGUUGAUUUCUUGAAACAAUUACGCGAAAAAAAUAAUGGAAAUACCACAUAUGAAACCGCUGCAGGGUACCAACAUCAAGAACUUAAAAAUAUGGAUUGUAAUACACAAAAUAUUUUCUGUAAUAUCACUAAUGGUGUUGAACAUAUUAGUGGUAGUAAUGACGAUUAUGCAUUUAGGGAUCAACCACACGAAUAUGACACGGCAUGUAAUUGUAAGGAGGAUCCACCGCCUCCACCACCAUCACCUGCGCAACCAUCCGAUCCUGCGAAAUCGAAUCAAGAUAGUAGUAAUCAAAGUAAUAGUAGUCCAAGUGGGGGUGGUCAACCUGGAUCCCCACCUAGUAACCCUGAUAGUAGUAGUAGUGGUGGUGGAGCUGGAAGCCCAACUAGUCCCUCUGCUCCUUCCCCUGCUAGUGGCAAAGAUGGGAAUCAACCUGGUGGUGGUAGUGCACCUGUAGGUCCACCUAGUCCUCCUGAUCCUGGCGGAGGUAGUGGUAAUCCCGGUAGUGGUGGUACUGGUAAGAAUCCACAAGGAGGUGGUACAAAUCCUGGUGGAACUGGUGGUGGAGGUAGUAGUGGUAGUUCUUCCAGUAGUUCAAGUAGUUCGAGUUCGUCUAGUAGCAGUAAUAGUAAUAGUGGUGGAGGUGGAAGUGGUAGAGGUGCAGGUAGUUGGUAUGUUUACAAGAAUCUACAUAAAUCGCCGUUUAAACGUCCAGAACCACCAAAAAUUGAUGAUAAUUAUUUGCAAAAUUGUCCACUAGGAGAUACUAUUUGCUCCAAAAUUAGUACUAGCAGUUGCAAUUCAACGAAACGUCAACAUCAUCUCGAUGAUUGGAACACGUUUGAGUUGAAAGAACGUGAUGGAAGAAACAAAGGAGUAAUAAUUCCUCCAAGGAGACAAAAUAUAUGUUUCCAAAGUAUUAUGGUAUCUGGCGGACGUCAUAUAAGAACAACCGGUGCUUUUAAAAACGCGAUAUUAAAAUCUGCUGCAAGUGAAGCGAAAUAUUUGAGUGAUUUCUAUAAAAAAGACAAGGAACGUGACAUGUUACUCGAUGCUAUGAAAUACAGUUUUGCAGAUAUAGGUAAUAUUAUUAAAGGUGAUGAUAUGGUAGAUGAUAUGCAUUCAAAAAACGUAACAGAUAUUUUUAAAAGGAUAUACACAAAUGACAAUAACGGGAAUCCAAAUAAUGUGACACAGAAGCGUAAAGAAUGGUGGGAAACAAAUAAACAACACGUAUGGAAUGUUAUGAUGUGUCACUAUUAUGAAAAUGGAACAACAAACAAUACUUGUCCAGAGCAUGGACAAAUUGAUGAAAUUCCACAGUUUUUACGCUGGUUAACUGAAUGGUCACAACAGUUUUGUAACGAAGAAAAAAAAGAAGGAAAAAAAUUUCUUGAAACAUGUCAAAAUAAAUUUGAAGGCGCGAUAACUGUUGAUAAUAAUAUGAAUAUAUAUUGCGAUAACGUAUUAAAUCAAUAUAAAAAUUGGUAUGCAAAAAGAAAUGAUCAAUGGAAAAAAUUAAAGGAUCAAUAUGAAACUUAUAAAGGAAAUAACGGUCCAUUAGGAAAUACAGAAUCACUACCAGAAAAUGCCGAAGACUAUGUAAAACAAAAAUGUAAUAAUUGUGAUUGUGAUAUUAAUAAUUUAGAAAAAAUGUAUAAAAAAUUAGAAGAUUCCAAUACAAAUACAAUUAAAUCAUUAGUUGAAGAUAUUAAAACAAAAAAUAAGUUUGAACAGGAAAACCCAAAGCAAAUUGGCCCAAUUGAUGCUUUUCAAAAUUUGGUUUCAAAUGUAUCAAAUAUAGCUUCACAAGUUGCUAACAAGCUACAUCCAAAUCCAAAAGCUUUAGCGGAAAAACUACUUGAAACAACAGCACGUGCUACAUUGGACAUAGCAUCAAAAGCAUACGAAACUGUGAAAGAAAUUAAGCAACAAAUUGAACAACAUAAUUCACAACCACCUGUAUCCCCUACACCCACACCACGUGCACCUACACCCGUACCCCCUCCACCCUCUACACCUAUACCACCUAGAACACCCACGACUUCCUCUCCAGAAAUUAUAGUCGGUCCAGUCGUAGGUGCAGUGGCGGCAACGAUACUUGGAAUAUUGCUAUACAAGUGGAAAAAACCCUUCCAUGUUGCAAGAUAUAAACGCGAUAUCGAUAUGUUCCGAGUAUUAGAAAUGCCGCAAAACGAAUAUGAUAUACCUACAAAUAAGUCCUCAAAUAGGUAUGUCCCAUAUGGUCGAUAUAAAGGCAAAACAUAUAUUUACGUGGAAGGAGAAGAAUCGAACGAUUAUAUUCGUGAUAUAUCUUCCUCGGAUAUCACUUCUUCGUCCGAAAGUGAGGUUGAAGAAGUAGAUAUAAAUGAUAUAUAUGGGUACAAAUCUCCAAAAUACAAAACUUUGAUAGAAGUUGUUUUGAAACCAAGUAACAAAACACAUGAUGCACAAAAUACACAUAUAGAUAAUAUAGUGGACACUACCUAUAUACCUAGUGGUAUAUAUAGUGACAAACCUAGUGAUAUACCCACUAAUACACCUAUUAGUGAUGAAGAAUGGAAUCAACUAAAACAGGAUUUUAUUUCCCAAUAUUUAGAAAAUAUACCAAAGGUUUUACCUAAUGAAAAUCUAAGUGGAAUUCCUACUACAGAUACACAACCUAAUAUUGUGGAUAAUAGGUUUGAAGAAAAACCUUUUAUUACAUCUAUUCAAGAUAGAUAUUUACAUGGUGAUAGCGAUGUUUUUAGUUAUAAUAUUAAUUGGAAUAUUCCAAAAAAUACACAGAUAUAUACUACGGAUCAUCCAAAAUAUGUUUCAAGUAAUUUAUAUACUGGAAUUGAUUUAAUCAACGAUUCGUUAAACAGUGAUCAACAUAUUGAUAUAUAUGAUGAGUUACUCAAAAGAAAAGAAAAUGAAUUAUUUGGAACAAAUCAUACGAAACAUACCACAACAAAUAUUUUUGCCACACAAAUAUAUGGCAAUCCUAUAAUGAACCAACUAAAUUUGUUCCAUAAAUGGUUAGAUAGACAUAGAGAUAUGUGCAACAAAUGGAAUAAUAAAAAGGAUAUUUUGAACAAAUUGAAAGAAAAAUGGGAUAUGGAAAAUAAUAAUAAUAGAAAUAUUACAUUAAAUAGUAAUAGUAACACACAUAAUAAUGAUAUCAAAAUGUUAAAUACUGAUGUUUCUAUUCAAAUAGAUAUGGAUGUUCCUAAAACUAUAAAUGAAUUUACAAAUAUUAAUACAAACCCUGAUAAUUCUACUAUGGAUAAUAUCUUGGAUGAUCUGGAAAAUUAUAUAUAUUAUGAUAUAGAUGAUGAUCAAAUAUCUGUGGAUCAUAAUAAAGUACAUAUAGAAAUGAAUAUCGUAAAUAAUAAAAAGGAGUUAUGCCAACAAGAAUAUCCUAUAUAG